AUGCCGCCACAUCUUCAUCCUCGGUCGCGGUCGACGUCCUCCCUCUUCGCCGCUACCCUCCUAGCCUCCCUCUUCGUUGUCGGCAUACCGCAUGUUUUUCCCUGUCCAGCCCCUCGUCGCACCCUGGCCGAUUCCCAAAUAACGGUCAAUGAGGAUGGACAACCAAUUCAGAGAGUUCGACGAAGGAGACGCAAGGAUAUCACUCCUGAUCUAGACGAAAAAACGUUACCCCCCACACAACCGACUCCCGAUGACGAGGUGUCGACAUUCCUACAACUCGAAGAAGAAGCAGAGCGGCUGGCCAAGGCGGGCAGGGAAUCCAUCAUGACUAUUGCGCACCUCAGGCCACUCGACGGCCACGGUGCGCUAAGCCGCAACGGGACGGCUCUCAUUGGCUCUCCGGCGGGAAGGCCACCUGCCUGCCGAGUCCAGCACCAACAGCUCCAGCUUCCGACCUGCCAACAGACAAUGGACUGGAUACACUGUGUUCGCGAUCUUCUCGUGAACCCGCGCCAUACAAAAUGGAUCGCCCCGCUUCUGAUCCUAGGCGAUGUCUUCCUCUGCGCUCUGAUCAUCUGGAGAAUCCCAUACACUGAGAUCGAUUGGACUACGUACAUGCAGCAAAUAUCCUUGUAUAUCUCCGGCGAGCGCGACUAUACUCUCAUCAAAGGAUCGACCGGACCUCUCGUUUAUCCCGCCGCGCAUGUGUACAGCUACACGAUACUCUACCAUCUGACCGAUGAAGGUCGCGACAUUCUCUUCGGCCAGAUCCUGUUCGCCGUCCUCUACAUCGCUACUCUGGCGGUCGUGAUGUCAUGCUACAGACAGUCGGGGGCUCCUCCAUACCUCUUUCCCCUGCUUAUCUUGUCCAAACGGCUCCAUAGUGUCUUCGUGCUGCGUCUGUUCAACGAUGGCCUGGCGGUUUUCGCGAUGUGGGUAGCUAUACUUUUGUUCCAGAACAAAAAGUGGACGGCCGCAGUGAUUGUUUGGUCUACGGGGGUGGCUGUCAAAAUGACCCUGCUGCUUCUUGCUCCGGCAAUCGCGGUGCUGGCGGUGCUCAACUUGUCCCUUCUGCCCAGCCUCCGGCUUGGGGUUUUGGCUUUGCUUGUGCAGGUUCUACUCGCUAUACCUUUCUUGCAGACUAACCCUAAUGGUUAUCUCUCGCGGGCCUUUGAACUGACCAGACAGUUUAUGUUCAAAUGGACGGUCAAUUGGAGGUUCGUGGGUGAAGAAACAUUCUUGUCUAAAAGGUUUUCCCUAUCAUUGCUAGCCCUACACAUGUUCUUGCUAUGCGUGUUUGCAGUUGCGGCCUGGGUAAAACCAUCGGGCUCGAGCCUCCCCGGCUUCCUGCGAACGUUGCUCCAAGGACGUCACUGUGGAACACCGCUUUCCAGGCCUUUUGUGACCACUGUAUUGCUGACCUCCCUCGCAAUCGGACUGCUGUGCGCGAGGUCUCUUCAUUACCAGUUUUUCGCCUAUAUUUCCUGGGCGACGCCCUUUCUUCUUUGGCGCGCGGGUACCCAUCCGGUAAUCUUAUACGCCCUGUGGGCGCUUCAAGAAUGGGCCUGGAAUACCUUCCCCAGCACGAACUCAAGCUCGCUGGUUGUCAUCUUUUCCCUUGCCGUCCAGGUCUUUGGCGUGCUUGUGAAUCGCUCAAAUGCAUUUGGUGGCAUAAAGCCCAAGGGUGGCGGGAAAGAGCAUGUGAACUAA